CCCGCCACUUAGCGGGGCACGAGAGUAGUGGAGAAGUGAGGCGUAAAGGCGUGCGGAUAACUUAAUUAAGAAUCUGAACGCGAGGAGAGAAAAAGCUGCUGCUUAGUGUGCCAUCUAGAUGGAAGUGAAAAAAGAAAUCUACGAGGCUGACAUGAAGAUCAUGGAGCAAAGGGCCAUAAAAGUUAAGGAGGAGGACUGUGAGUGGGAGCCCGUCCACCCGAACCAGGAGGAUCUCUGCGUUAAGGUUGAUGUCUGUGAAGUGGGCUCAGUGGGCAUUAAAGAAGAGGCUGAAGAGAAGUCUGUCAGCAUUAAAAGAGACAAACGUAAAAGAGUGGCGAGUGUCCAAGAAAACGACCUUUGCUAUGGAGAAAUGAGCAGGUUAGCCUCUUCUCGUUCAUCGCCUUCUGUCAACGUGAAGUCUGAAUCGCCACAGUCAGACACAAAGAUGACUGAGGAAACGUCAUCUGUUGAAGAUCAGCCGCCACCUUCAGAUCAGUCUGGAGAAAGAGACAAACCUCACAGCUGUUCUGAAUGUGGCAAACGUUUCUUUUACAAGUGUUAUCUUUGGAGACACAAAAUCAUUCACACUGGAGAGAAGCCAUAUUGCUGUUCUGAUUGUGGCGAGCAGUUCUCUCACAGGACUAAUCUUUGGAGACACAAGAAGAAAAUUCACACAGUGGAUAAGCCAUAUUGUUGUUCCGAAUGUGGCAAACAAUUCUAUGAGAAGUGGAAUCUCAAGAACCAUGUAAGAGUUCACACUGGAGAGAAGCCGUAUUGCUGUUCUGAAUGUGGGGGACAGUUUUCACGAAGAGGCAAUCUUUUGAGCCACAAAAAAAUUCAUACGGAAGAGAAGCCAUACUCCUGUUUGGAAUGUGGCAGGCAAUUUUGUGACAACACUACUCUUCAAAAACACAGUAAAAUCCACACUGCAGAAAAGCCGUACUGGUGCUUGGAAUGUGGGAAAGGAUUCUUACGCUCUAACAGUCUUAAAUGCCACAUAAGAACUCACACUGGAGAGAAGCCAUAUUGCUGCUCAGAAUGUGGCCGACAAUUUUGUGACAGGAGGAAUCUCCAGAGCCACAUAAAAGUUCACAGUGGAGAAAAACCGUAUUGCUGCUCUGAAUGUGGCAAACAAUUUUCACGAAUGUCCAAUCUGCAGACACAUGCACAAAUUCACACAGGAGAGAAGACGUAUUGCUGUUCUGAAUGUGGGAAACAGUUUUCCCAAAGAAGUGCUCUCUUGAGACACAAAAAAAAUCAUACAGGAGAGAAGCCGUAUUGCUGUCCUGAAUGUGGAAAAGUAUUUUCCCGUAUGGGCCAUCUGCAGCGUCAUGCAAGAAUUCACACUGGGGAGAAACCAUAUUAUUGUUCUGAAUGUGGGAAAGGAUUUUCUCAAAUGAGUCAUCUGCGGAGACAUGCACAAAUUCACACGGGAGAGAAGCCGUAUUGCUGUGAUGAAUGUGGCAAACGAUUCACACGAAUCACCAGUCUACAGAUGCACUCAAAAAUUCACACGGGGGAGAAGCCGUAUUGCUGUUCUGAAUGUGGAAGACAGUUUUCAGAAAAAGCCACUCUUUGCAGGCACAAAAAAAAUCACAUGGAAAAGAAGCCGUAUUGCUGUUUGGAAUGUGGCAAACAAUUUUCUGAGAAGAGCAUCCUUUGGAAACACACUCGAAUCCACACUGGAGAGAAGUCGUACUUCUGUUUGGAAUGUGGCAAAGGAUUUCAACGAACUAACAGUCUUAAAUACCACAUUAGAAUUCACACUGGAGAGAAACCAUAUAGCUGUUCAGAAUGUUGCAAGACAUUCUCUCAGAUGAGUCAUCUUAGGAGACACGUAAGAGUUCACACAGGAGAGAAGCCGUAUUGCUGUUCCAAAUGUGGUAAACGGUUCUCACGAACUGCCAGUCUACAGCGACAUAAAAAAAUGCACAUAGAAGAGAAGCCGUUUUGUUGUUCUGAAUGUGGUAAACAAUUCACGCGAAUCACCAAUCUACAGAGACAUAAAAAAAGUCACACAGAAGAAAAGCCAUAUGGCUGUUCUGAAUGUGGCAAACAGUUCACACGUAGUACUAGUCUUCUUAAUCACAGAAAAAUUCACACGGGAGAGAAGCCGUAUUGUUGUUCUGAAUGUGGCAAACAAUUUUGUGACCGGAGUACUCUUCGAAGACACACUCGAAUCCAUACUGGAGAAAAGCCGUAUAGCUGUUUGGAAUGUGGCAAAGGAUUCUCACGAACUAACAGCCUUAAACGCCACACUAGAACCCACACUGAGGAGAAGCCACACUGCUGUUCAGAAUGUGGCAAACAAUUCUCUCAGAGCAGUAAUCUUAGGAGACACUUAAGAGUUCACACGGGAGAGAAGCUGCAUUGCUGUCCUGAAUGUGGCAAAGUAUUUUUAGAAAAUAGCCAUCUUCAGAGGCAUAAAGCAAUUCACUUGUCAGAGAAGCCGUAUUGCUGUUCUGAAUGUGGCAAACAGUUCUGUGACAGAAGUAGUCUUAAGAGACACAUUAGAAUCCACACGGGAGAAAAGCCAUAUUGCUGUUUGGAAUGUGGCAAACGAUUCACACGAACUACCAGUCUUCAGUGUCACAUAAAAACUCACACUGGAGAAAACUUGUAUGGCUGUUCAGAAUGUGGCAAAAAAUUCACAAAAAGGUGCAGUAUUUUGAGACACACAAAGAUUCAUACCCAAGAGAAGCUGCAUUGCUGUUCUGAAUGUGGCAGGACAUUUUUAGAGAAGAGGUAUCUUGAGAUCCACAAGAGAAUGCACACUGGAGACAAUCCUUAUGGGUGUUCCGAGUGUGGUAAACGAUUUUCACGUAUUUUUAGUCUUAACCGACACCGUAGACUUCACAAAGGAGAACCAAGGGAGGAGAGGAGAAGGAAUGAAGAUCCUGCAUAGAAAGGUGACACUAAUUAAAGCCUGCACAGAUGAAGUGAGAUAACAAUGUCUUAGCUGAAAUACAGCAGUUGAAAUUGCAGUAUUCAGAAUUUUAACAGAAACACAAAAGGAAAGAAGAUAUGAACAGAAAUGCAAAGGAGGAGUUCAGAUCUGAUCAUCUGAGAGUACUUUAAAAGGUCCACUGAAAAAGUCCUAAAGUAAACUCCUUCCACCAGACUGUUUGGAACAGAUGCAAGUACUCGAGCGCUACAGUGAGAGCAGAGAUACCAGAAGAUAAGAGCACAGGACCCCAAGUGGAGCCAGAGAGGUAAAGAUCAUAACUGGAAAAUCAAAAUAAUACAGAGCACCAAGUUACGUGGAAAACCCAAUACUAAAGUGCUUUGAAAAACGAGCCUCAACCCCAAACAAACAGGUCUACUUUUUAUAUAAACUAAGCAACCAUUAAACUGCAAAAGUUUGUUUUAUUUAUCCACCGAAGUGAUCAUAUGAGUGCCGAUGCAAAGACCAAAACUAUUACAUUCAACUUUGGUAGGGCAAAUUUUGAGCAGAUAUGGUGAACUCUAAGAGGAAUAGACUGGGAUACGCUUUUAAGUGUGUGGACAGUCGAGGAGCAGCGGAACAGGUUUAAAAAUGUUUUACAUGUAAUGCAGGACAGAUACAUACCUAAAAUUAGAAUAAAUACGAAAUUAAC